AUCUAAUAACAAGAAACAACAUGAUCAGUCCAAAGAGCUAAGCAAAAUGGCAAAGAAGUGGCAGAAAGUUGCUGCAAUUAAGCGGAGAAGAAUCUCAUUACCAAAAGCAACAGGGGUGGUUGAUUCAGAAAGUUGCAGGACAUCAUCAGUGGUUGAGAAGGGUCAUUUUGUUGUGUACACUGCUGAUCAGAGGCGAUUUGUGAUUCCCUUAACAUAUCUUAAAAACGACAUUAUUAGGGAGCUCUUUACAACGGCAGAAGAUGAGUUUGGACUGCCAAGUGGCGGACCUAUCACAUUGCCUUGUGAUGCAAUUUUCAUGGAGCAUGCAGUCCCUUUGAUCCAAAGGCAUGCAACAAAAGAUGUUGAGAAGGCGUUGCUCAUGUCUUUAGCUACUGGUCGCUGUUUACCAUCUUCACAUCUCCAUCAAGAGCAAAGUAACCAGCCAUAG